AUGGGUUUCGAAAUUUACACAUGUCACAAUAGUAGAAAAGAGCCCCCUUAUUCCGAAGAGAAGCCUAGUACGGUAGCGCCAGAAAAGACCGGAUUGCAGGAGUCUUAUAGGCUACCGAAACGAAAAAGGGCCAGGAUGACGAUUUGUACUUAUAACGCACGUACGCUUGCAUCGGAUGCGGCCAUCCAAGAUCUGAUGAUGCAUCUCAAUGCCGUAUAUAGAGGUGGAGAAGAACUGUUCUUAGGAACAUACGACAGUAGAGUUGGUGAAGUUGGCGUCCUCGUCAACACGAGUAUGGCAAAGAACAUCGACUCUUUUGAACAACUUACGACCCGAAUCGGACGUCUGCGGAUGAGAAGAUGUGGUCCAACGCCAUCUUUAACUGUCUUCGUCGCUUACGCUCCAACAUCAAGCUACGAAGAAGAAGAAGUCAUAGCCUUCUAUGAGGACCUGGAGAAGUUCUACCGAAGAAAACUAUGCCUUCUACAAAGUCAUAAGAGGAACGCCUGA